CGGCGUCGUUUUCAAUAUGGACGCCCGAAUGUGUUAUUUGUUGGAAAAUGUCGCCCGACGCCCCUCCGCCGUGUCAACUUUUAUUCCGGCACACGCAGGGGCGUCGUGCGGGGGCGGAGGGGGGCCCGCCGGCGCCGCUGUGCCCUCCUUGAACUUGCUCUUCCAGCGGCGCGCGCGCUAGCCCCCCACAGCCCGUGCAGCCAUGGCGAGGAAACCCCGUUGACAAGGCACUGCUUUUUCAUGACGGUGUCAUGGACGAUGAGGACGAUCGCCAUCUUCUGGAUAUUUUAGGUGAUGUGGAUGCGUUGAAUGACUAUCUCCACGGCAACAACAGCAAGUCUAUUGAAGAGGACGAUGUAGCCAAUGCCGCGUACGGCUCAGAUGCAUCGAUCUUCGCCGGUGACACUGCAAAUACCGGCAUCAAAGAUGGCUCCUCCACAAUGGCCGACUUCGGCGGGGAUCCGGAAGGGGACUGCCUCCAGCUCUCCGGCAGCCACUCGUUUAUCGAGGACCAGCUGGGGGGCAACAGCCCCCCCGGAGGCGGCGUGGACCUGGGCGAAGACCAGCCCUUCGACAUCCUCCAGAAGUCCCUCCUGGAGGCCGACAUCACGGAGCAGACGCUGGCGCAGGAGGCCUUGCUGGAUACCCAGCCCGCGCCCACCCUCGUGCAGGCCCCCGUGCCCUUCCCCUCCCAGCUGGCAUCUGGGGGCUACGGCGGGGGCGUGGUCACCACAACGGCGGCGGCGUUACCGACCGGACAGUUCCUGCAGGGCGUGUCGCCGUUGCCCAAUGGCUCCACGCAGCACAUUCAAGUGCUGGGGUCGUUCGGGGCGGGAAGCGGAGUCAUGACCCUGAGCGGUCUGGAAAGAACUCCUCAGAUUGUGCUGAGGCCGGCGGGCCCCGUCGGCGCCGCGGGGUCUGCGGCUCCGGGCGGGCAGGUCUUCGCCCCCGCCCAGGGGCAUCUUGGACAAGUGGGCUUCAAGAACAUCCCCCUCCAGAAUGUCAUCAUCCAGAGGGGUCCGGGAGGGACUCAGGCCCUUAUCAGGCCGAUCCAACCUAAACCGCAUCAAGUUGGGGCUCAGACUGUCUUCAGCCUCCAGCCGGCGGCCUCCAAUUUGGCUAGCGUGACCACCAACAGUACUACGGCGCAGUACACUGCCAAUGGCUCUCUGGUGGUGGAUCAGCAGCAGGCCCAAACCAGCAUACAAGCGGGACAGUUCUUGUUGCCCACCUCCUUGACUGUCCACAACGGCCCCUCCACGGACUCUGCCGGCCAGAUCAAACCCCACAACGCCGUGCAGAUCGUUGCCGGGCAGAAAUUUACAGCUCAAGCAGACGGGCAGCUCGUUUUGAAUCAGGGCGCCGCCACGCAGACGUGGAAGGGCAUGGUGCCCGCGGCGGGCGCCGCGAGUCGCCUAGCGCUGGUCAGCCAGGGGCAGCUCUCGGGGAGCCCCGUGCAGCGCCUCCUGGUGACGCAAACGCCCAACUGUACGUCGCUGUCCCCUUUACCCGGCGCGGCGGUGCCAGCGCAAGAACACAGACAGAAUCCUUCAGGAUCUGCCGUCAAACAAGUGCAGCUCAGCGCACAGAAGAGGCCCGCCCCCGCGCCGCUGACCAAGGGAGGAAUGGUUCUCCAGCAGCUAAGGGACCACCACGAGCGGGUCGACACGCCCGACCGGAGACCGUUCACGUCGUUCAGUGACGUGCUGCAAAGGCUGCUGCCCUUCCACGUCUUCCAAGGCACGCCGCCCAGCCAGGAGGAGUUCUCGCAGGUGGACGAGGAGUUUGAAUCGGUUGCAGCCCACGUGUUGAUGAGGACCCAGGCCAUGAUUAAUAAAUACAGACGACUGCUUUUGGCUGAAUCUGAGCAUUCCAGUCCUUCGUCGGAGAUGGUGAUGAUCGAUAGGACCUUCAACCAAGAGGAGCGCGGCUGCCUGACUCAAGACAAGCGAACUCUCCUCGUGGAUCCAGACACUUUCUUGAACGAUUUCUGCUGCGGGCUGAAAUCCAAACGUUUCCAAGACCCCGUCCCUCCUCCUCCUCCUCCUCCCCCGCCGCCGCCCGCCACAGACACGGAAAAGUCGGCGUACAGGACAAAAUCCCACCCUGGCUGCGGUGACCCAGGAGGCGGCGGCGGCGGCAGCGACAGACUCUCGGCUUCACCUGCGGAGAACAAGAGCGUCCUGGAACUGAAGCGAUCCCAGCAGCAGGAAGGUAACCACUCGUCCUUUGCGGCAACGGAAGGGGGGCACGCGCACCACCAGGCUGCGUCGCCGCCGCAGCUGGACCCGGACUCCGCUCUGGAGGCGGCCGUCAACAGCAUCCUGGAAUGUUAGCAAAAACCCGCACGGAGUUCUGCUGUCGUUCGUUUGUGAAGUUUGUUCCGCUCUUCAUGUAGCACUAUCUUUGUAUUUUUUUUUAUUUUUUGAGCAGGUGCAGGCGGUCCUCGGUUUACCACGAACAGCGCAGCGUUAGCUCACUAAACUACACUACAUAUUAGUAAAGUCGUAAUUACCGUAAAUAUUUAUAUGUGAAACACUUCUUGGUCAUAAAUUAAAAUAACAGUAAGUACUGACCUAAUGAGUGCCUUAAUGUGCCGCUCGACGCCAUAUUUUUGUCACGCCGUGCAAUCUUUCAGUACAUGUUAUUUAAAACCUCAGUCAUAAUUACAGUAAAUAUUCCUCCAAAAGGUGAGAAAUAUUUCUACGGAAGGCUAGUAAUACAAAAAUGAAAAAUGGUAACUGAGCGUGCCUUAUUGUUACGCCGCCGUGCAAAUGGGUUUAUUUUGCGAUGGGUCUAACCCCUAAAAAUGUCAUAAUUACAGUACAUAUUUGUUUGUAAAAAAAUAAAACAUUCCGCAAAAUACAGUAAAUAGCGGCCAGCUCUGCGUGAUUUUUUACAUGGCCCGUGACUGCAAAUUAUCAACUUCUGUGUUUUUUUUUUUUUUUAAAUUCGAAUCUACCAAAAUUUCUAGACGUUAAAUCUCAAAUUGUGCACCCCGUCUUGUGUCACACGACGACGUCACUUUUAUGGCGGUCGCAAUCCCGAAAACGCCGUACGUACGCGGUGUAAACCGAGGACCCCCCCCCCCCCCGCCCCCCUCUCCCCGCUGCGCUCUGGAGACAGGCACUUGUAAAUCACCUCCGACGCUGCGGGAAUGCGUGCAAUGGAACGGAUCGUAGUGUUUGAUUUCAUGGCCAGUUCGCUCACGAUGGCAACUCGGUGCCUCCGGCUUUUAUUUCAAAGGGUUCAACGCGAAGAAUCCCGAAGUUUCCCUCGACGAAUUGCACUAAAAGCCGCUUGCACCGGACUGCACACCAGGGGGCGCCGCGCGUCAGCCGCCACGCCGCGGACGCUCAUUUUUAUUUGGCAUUUUCCCUUUCUUUUGUACCUUAAAGGUACGCGAGGCCCCUCCCCGCCCCCUCGGCCACACGCCAAACACGCAAACUUGCCUAUCACUUCGAUGUGUUUGCGCUGGGGGGGGAGAUUAAUCCUCAGAUUGAGGACGUUUGUUAAUUUUUUUUUUUUAUGUUUUUGUUUGCUUUGGUUUUAAGAUGGAGGGUUCAACGAUUGUAUGCUUUGUCU